ACAAACUUGCUCAGGGUUUGAAUUCCUUGCUUUGCUUCAAACAUUUCUCUAAAAUCAACCCCACAGUAGUUGAGUGCUGCUGUAAAACGAUAAAAUAUUCAAAGUGAGAGAUACGACUCUAUUUCAUAAACAAGAUAGGUAAAUACUGCUUGGGGAAAAACAAACAAAAACACCGGCGGCCAAAUAAACAGAAACACCGCCAAACGAAAAAAAAAAACCCACCGCCAGCUUGUGAGAGAAAACGCCACCGUGUAUCCACAACUCCCCUAGCUCAUUGUAAACCCCAGGCCUACACUAACCGGUCGAACUAGUUUUUCUCUUAGCUGUGGGUGGGUCAAAGGUCACUACUACAUGCAAAAUGGUUCAGUUGUGUGUUGGUGUCUGCUGACCAUUUAGUGUCGACGUCCGCUACAGAUUACAAUACUCAGCAUUUCAGUUAUGAAACAACAAGGAUGUUAAGGGCAUUUACAAGCUACAGAGAAAACCAACAAACCAAUGAUGAGCAGUAGGAAACGUCUAAAGACCGAAGAGGAUACACCCCUGACAGUGACAAGCGAUGAUGCUGAUGGCCCUUCUGCGAAACUGAGGACCUUUGUCAGCCAGCACCGUGAUCGCGGAGUAGUGGACGGGUCUUUCGGGGAACUCAAGUUCCGCAGCUACGGGCAGGCGUCGCCGUACGUACGAGUGACGAAGGACAUUGACCCUGAAGUCUUAUGGGAGUUAAUGACGUCAUGCUGGGACAUGAAACCCCCGAAUUUGAUCAUAUCCGUGGUCGGUGGAGACGCCAAGUUUGUCUUGAAAGAACGGCUUAAGAAAGUUAACAAGGGUCUGGCUAAUGCAGCUCUUAGCACAGGAGCGUGGAUCAUCACUGCCGGCUUACACCGCGGCGUGUCCAAGUACGUGGGGGAAGCGAUCUGGGGCGGGGCGAACUGUCUGUCCGACUCCGGACAUCCCGCCGUCAACCUGGUCGGGAUCACCACAUGGGGAAACGUGCACAACAGGCACAGGCUGCAGGGGCAGAAGGGAAUCGGAAGGUUUUCUGUAAGAUACAGAUUGCAAAAGGAGACGGCACCUCUGGACCUGAAUCACACACACUUCAUCCUGGUGGACGACGGGACAGUAGAAACUGAAGGCUGGUCUGAUGUGGAGGUGCGGACCAGACUGGAACAGUACAUCGGACAGCAGGCCAUAGGACAAGGCGCCAAAGGCCGGACGAUUCCCGUAGUCCUGUUGCUGAUAGAGGGAGGAUCCACCACCUUAAAGAGCACCAAGAAAGCGUUAAGAAGAGGAAUUCCUGUCGUCAUCUUGGACGGAAGUGGAGGUGCGGCAGACGUCAUCGCAUUGGCUGCCCGGAAGAAGAUAAAGAAUGAGCUCUUGAAGCUGGAAGAUGUUGAGGAGAAGCUGAGAUCCGCCCUAGACCUGAAGUGGGAAGGAGCACACGCCCCUCCUUACGUCAUCAGCCUCAUGAGAUAUCUCAACAGCAUCCUGAAGGAGGAGAACCGGAACCUGGUGACAGUGGUGCGUCUGAAUGAGUCUGACGCCAUGGACAUUGACGAAGGUUUACUGCGGGCGCUCCUAAAAGCGGAAAUUGCGUCACCGGAAGACCAGUUGGACCUGGCGCUGGACUGGAAAACGAGCGGCAGCGCCUGGCAGGACGAGAUCUUCACACGGAACCGGAUACGGAAACUGCAGAGUGUGAACAAAGACCCGUAUAUGGUCAUGGCGCUGCUGCAAGAUAACGCUGAGGUGGUGGAGAUGCUGUUGGACAACGGGAUGUACCUACCGACAUUCCUCACCAAGCAGAGGCUUACGGAACUCUACAUUAAGGCUCUGUAUGACAUGGCUAAUGACGGUAGCGCGACGACUCUGAACAGACUGAUAGAAGAAGAGAAGGACAGCCGGCAGCCGGAGCAGCACCGAGAGCUGCUGGACCUAUCUGACGUGGAUGCUGUCAUCUGUGGCAGACUUCUGGAGAGCCAGAUGAAAACAAUGCUGAGAAUGACAGAAGGAGACUUCAGGAAUGACAGUGAAGAUGAUAAUGAUAAUGACGAUGAAGAUGAUGAUGACGAAGACGGUGUAGCUGAGAGAAACCUGUUCUUCUGGUCUGUCCUGACAACGAGAAAAGCGACUGCCCGCUUGCUAUGGAGGAGGGGAACCGACCAGAUUGCUACAGCACUUACAGCAAGCAAGAUGCUGAAAGAAUUGUCUUCUCUAUCCAAGACAGAGGGACAACUUGACGAGCAUAAACAUCAUUCCAACCUUGCUGAACAACUUGAGACGGACGCCACUGGUGUGUUGGACGAGUGUUACCGACUGGACCCCCGGCGGACCCUCGGCCUCCUAACCCGGCCCCAGCCCCGCUGGGGGGAGGGGUCCUGCAUGGCCAUCGCCAACUCCGGCAAGCACAUGGCGUUUAUGAGCCACGCCGCCUGUCAGACCAACCUCAACAGGGUGUGGUUCGGCAACAUGGAGUGGUUCACCCCGCUCUGGAAGGUUAUCUUGUCCCUGGUCUUCUUUCCCAUCACUGUCUUCACUAUCAACUUCACUGAUGACGUCAGACGGACCGUUAGGACGUUCGGCUGCACUCCCGCGCAUGCGCACCGCUCAGGUAUCAGGAGGUAUCUCCGAGCCAUAUACCACUACCAGACGGCACCUAUAACCAAGUUCUAUUACACUGUGGUGUUCUACGUCGUGUUUUUGAUGCUCUUCAGUCUGUUUCUGUUGACUGACCUCCGACCCGAGGUCAUCAGCCCCUCGGAAGGGUUCCUGGCAGCAGUGAUGGGUGUUCAGUUACUGGACGAGAUCAGACAGAUCGUGUCUCAAGACGCUCAUAGCUGCUUACGUAAGCUCCAGGUGUGGCAGAGUGACGUGUGGAACCGUAUGGACGCCGCCAUCUUGGUGACGUUCUUCCUGUCCUUCAUCAUGCACUGCGCGCUGCGGGACAGCGGCAUGGCGGCGGUGAAGGUCGUGUAUUCCUGCGCGCUCAUCCUGGCGUUUUACCGCCCGCUUCAGAUGUUCUACGUCCACGAGAAGAUAGGCCCGAAGAUCAUCAUGAUACGAGAAAUGCUUCAGGAUCUCCUCAUCUUCCUGAGUUUCCUGGUAGUGUUCGUCCUGGCGUUCGGAGUCGUGCGGCAGGCCCUCCUCACGCCCAACAGUCUGCUGAGCUGGAAGCUGUUUGUGGAUGUGGUGCGGAUUCCCUACUGGCUCAUAUAUGCACAGCUGCUGACGGACCCCGAGGGACAUGUGGCCGGGCCAUGGCUCGUGUCUAUCCUCCAGGCUGUCUACGUACUUGUUACCAAUGUACUGCUCAUCAACCUGCUUAUCGCUAUGUUUAAUUACUCAUUCCAGAGUAUACAGGGCACAGCGGAACAGUUCUGGAAGUAUCACCGGUACUCUCUCGUGCAUGAGUACGUCGGGCGGCCGUGGGGGGCUCCCCCGCUGACACUUGUACCGCUGACGUGGAGGUUUGUACGUGCCGUGUGGAAAGCUGCCCCCAGUAAGGACAGUGUGUCGGGUCAAAAACAAUCAAGACGAUUGGUUUCUGGAGGAAGAGGCAGGCAGACCUUGUCUUCUGAUGCACACACGGCAAUCCCAGAAGUGCAACGUCAGCGGAUCUUCCAGAAGCUCGGCGCCGAAAACUACAUUCUUAAGGAGAAACAGAAGAGCAGCAGUGAAAUGUCGGAAGAAAUUAAUGAAUUGAAACGGCGCAUGGAUGAGCUGAGUGAGCAGAUAGCUGCCCUAUCACACCGUGACCGAUGUUACUAUGACUCGUCCUCUGGGGAAGAGGAUAUCGAUGACAACCAUAAAAGGGACGUGUGUCAACCGUCUCAGCAACAAGAGGUCCGGAGGGAGUCCCGAGUACAUGGGAAACUAGACACUGUCGUCUGAAUGUCGUCUUUUAGAUGGAUCAUCAUUACGUAAUCAGCAUCAGCAUCACUAUUAUCUUUAUCAUCAUCUAAGUCAUCAUCAUAUCAUCAUCAUCGUCAUCACCACACCCCUAUCAUAAUCAUCAUCACCAUUGCCACCUUCAUCACAUCAACAUCACCACUAUCGUAUCAUAUCAUCAUAAUUAUCACCACUACCAUCAUCAUCGUCGUAAGAUUAUUAUUAUCAUCAUUACUUAUUCGCAUUAUCAGUCUCUUAACUAUAUCGUUAGUUGUCAGUCGUAGGGACAAUAUGGAUACAGGAAAAUAGUGAAAAAGAUGGGUACAUGAUAUCACAUGGGCUAUAGGAUUGAAAUAUAUUUAUAUCAAGGCUCAAUCUGUAAAACAUUAAUGAAUUCUCUUAACACAAUCCAGUUAGAAUGACUUUUAAUCAAAAUCUCUCGUCUUUUACAGGAAUGGUAAUCAAUAAUCACGUUGUAACUUCAACUGCCGUACAAAGAUACGGAUUAUAUAGUUACAUAUUACUGAAUUAUAGCACUUUUGUAAUAAGUAUGUAAAUAGCGCUCUAAUUUGCAUUGUUGGGAUCUAUGCAUAUUAAUCCACCUGGUAUAGAUGAUAUGCAUUACAAUUAAAAUUCUUAUAUUAUAAUAUUAGAUAAUCAUAAAGCUGUUUUUCCUCCCAGUUCUCUUGUCGUGGUAAAUCUUUAUAGCGUCGUAUCAUAUAAUAGAGUAUAAUGUAUUCUAGUUUUGACAUUCAUCGUAGAAUAGUAUUAUAUUACUAAACCAAGUUACGCUACCAAAUCAAAUGCUGUUGAUAAAGACAUAUUUUAUAUGAUAACCGUUUAACUAUUAUAUUAAGCUAUUAUAUAGGUCACAAUUAAGUUAUGAGAUAAUUUAUAAUCAUACUAUUAUAUCGUUGCUAUCACAUACAGACAAAAAUGCCCAAGGAGAAGACAACUAAGGUGACCAAUAAUAUCAGGUCUGUAUAUGUGGGCAGGUGUAACGAAAGACUGAAUCACCUAUACUUGAUUGGAACAAAAUCUAAGAAGUGGCCAAAGAAACCAAAAGUGGCCACAUUGACCAUCCAGUUCCUCUGUAGAGACGAUAACUCGAGUAGGUUUAACCGUUACGGUACUACAAAAUAAGGACUAAUGACAUCUGGUUUAAUUUAUAAGCCAUGGAACCUGGUACAGAGUAUAUACUUUCUUUACUUAAAUUAUAAAUAUAGGACUCAUUUA